GGAAGAAGGCAGAUGGUAGACAAAUACUUCUUGGCGCGUUCCUUUUCAAAAACUUCUUCAUCCCUCUUUCUUCCACCGAACAAAUUGAAACCCUAGCUUUUCCAUGUGCUCUCUCUUAAUUAGAUACAGGAAGAGGUUGACAAAUUAAGAAGAAAAGGUAAAGAUGAUUCUACGAACACCGCCGCCGAGGAAGAGAAGGGCGGAUUCGCAGCCGCCGGAAGAUAUUAACAACAAUAAUGCGCAGAGCCCAAGUUCCAAUAGAGAGCUACUGGUUUACGAGGAUCUGCCGGUGCCGGAAUAUUCUCAUGACCAUUCAAUUCCCAUCACCUCUGACCAAAUGCUCUGCACUUACCAAUGCCGUCAGAUGGUGAAAUCAGAGUUCUUUGAUGCUCUAAGCAGUGCAGAAAAGCAAGUUCAUGAUUACCAAUCUAAAUUUGGAGCACUGAAUGAAGAUUUAUCUAAUGCUGAAGCUGAGCGCAAGAAAUUUCGAGAAAAAUUCUUCAAUGCAGAGCAAGAAUUGGCUGCGGCUAAAGGACGUGAACAGAUGUUGCAAGAGCAACUAAGAAAGGAGGUUGAUUUUUCGCAGGAACAACUCAGAAAACAAAUACAUUCCUUUAGUGAACUUGAGGUAAAGUUUCAGAAGGAGAUGGAUCUUCGCCAAAAAGCAGAGUCUUCAGCAGCUAAAGCUGAAGAAAAAGCAAGUCUUUUAGAGGAAAAGCUAAGUACUCUAUCAGAAAGCAUAGAUAGGGAAAAAAACCGUCUUCAAAAUGAGCUUCUCCAAAUGAGAAGUGAAUCAAAGCUGUCAGUAUCCAGAAUAAGUGCUGAUCUUGAGAGAAUGGAAUGCAAGGCUACAAAUGCAGAAAAAGAGUCAGCAUUACUGAGAGAGCAAUUGGAAGAACUUAAAAAGCGAUUGGAUAAGUGCAUGCAGGAGAAAUAUGAACUGGAGAAAAAGUCAUCUAUCAGAUCUCCAGAAGUUCCUUCGCAGGACUCUAAUUUGUUGUUGAAGCAUUUGCAGGAAGAAUUACGGAACUAUGAGUCUGAAGUACGUGAAGCAAGAAAACUAAAAGCUUCUCAUGAAGACAUCGAACUAUUGAAAGAAAAAUUAUAUGAAGAAAAAAGCCGGAGGGAGAGGACAGAGUUGGAUCUUCUUAAAUUAUCUGAUCUCCAAGUAAACGUGAAGAGGUUGGAGGGCGAGUUGUCUACAUGGAAAUCAGUGGUUAGGGAAAUUCCUGGUGUGUCAUCUGCAGAUGAUAUACUUCCAAAAUUUGCAGCUUUGCAGAAAGAGGUGGUUGAUAGCAUGAUGAGAGCGAGUGAUGCCCAGGCAUGCAUGAAAGAAAUUCAAGUGUCUCUUGAUGCAGCAAUUCUUGAUAAGCAAAAUGCUGAAACUGAGGCUGCAAUGGCCAAAGAGAGGGCAGAAUCAUAUAAAGCAGAAAACAAACAGCUGGAAUCAGUGCUCGGUUUGAUUACAGAGGAAAGAGACCGGUUAAAAAAUGUUUUGAAGUUAUUAAAAGAGCGGACAAGUCUUGAAGGUGGAACUGAAUCAGUCAGUGGAACUAUCGUUCAGGAGCUUGAAGCAUCAUUGGCGAAGAAGGAAAACUACGUCACAGAACUAGAAAACAGUUUAUUAGAGAAAAAGGAAAUUAAUAGCCGUCAGCAGAAUGAGAUAAUGUUGCUCAACGAAAGGUUAGCCAAUGAAGCAAGACGAGUAAAGAUGUUAGAGCGAGAAGGUGAUCGUCUCCGUUCUGAGAUAUCUUUGUUGGAGUCUAAGCUGGGACAUGGUGAUUUUUCGUCGACUAAUACAAAAGUUCUGCGGAUGGUUAACACCCUAGCAGUUGACAAUGAGGCAAAACAGACAAUAGAGGCCCUGCAAAAUGAGCUGCAGAAGACAAAGGAAAAGUUGCAGGCUGUUGAAGAACUUAAAAAACAGUCAUCCGAUGCUGGCACACAUGUUGACUCCUAUAUUGCUGGGAAAAUUAAGCAGUUAAAAGAGCAAAUUGCAACACUUGAAAAACGUGAGGAGAGAUACAAGACAGUUUUUGCAGAAAGAAUCUCUGUUUUCCGAAGGGCAUGCUGUGAACUUUUUGGUUACAAGAUUGUAAUGGAUGACCACCAGCGACCAGAUGGAAUACCUGUCACGCGGUUUACUCUCCACUCGAUUUAUGCCUUAAGUGAUGAUGAGAAGCUUCAAUUUGAAUAUGAGUCUGGGAAUACGAAUAUUGUGGUGAAUGACUACACUUUGCAGCCUGAGAUAUCUCGACAGGUUGAUAUAUUUAUCCGGAAGAUGAAUUCAAUUCCUGCCUUCACUGCGAAUCUGACAGUGGAGUCUUUCAAUAAGCGUACUCUCUCCUGAAGUGCAGCACCCAUACAGUAUCACAUCUCAAGCUAUUACCUUGUAUUAUAUUCAUUAGUUGAAACUUUUGUUUCUACUUCUCAUUUUCGCUCAACAUUUUCUUGUAUUAUAAAUGCUUGUGUACGAACUCAAAAGUGUUUCUGAUUUGGCUGCUUCUUUGACAUUUUCGUCAAAAUAAUCA